GAUUUGACGCCGCCGGUCGAGAGCUCCCCUCCCGUGGAAGCUAGAAACCCAGCUCCGACCAUCUGCAUCUCCUCUGCAGCAUGGAUUCUUCACCGUCUCUGCAGAUUUUAGUUCGAGAACCAGAGGGUUUCUCCAUCUGGGAUGGGCCUCCAUUCAACAACAAUCAACCAAGCAUCAAGCUUGAAAGAGUUCCCUGCAAUAGUGCAAAGUUUAGUGAUGAUGGGUCGAGGCUUAUGGUGAUGAAACCGGACUCUGUUAUUACCAUUUAUGAAUGUAGCACCUUCAAAGAGAUAAGAUCAUUUCAAAUCCCCAAUGUUUCUGCUGCUGCCUUGUCUCCCUGUGGGACUUAUCUCCAGACCUUUCAGAAAUCUACAACACCGCAGGAAAAGAAUGUUGUCUUGUGGAAGAUAGAGUCUGGUGAUUCAGUUUAUAGUCAUUUUCAGAAAAACAUGACAAAAGCUACUUGGCCCUCAAUCCGGUUCAGCUCUGAGGAAGCUGUUGCCUGUCGACUUGCAACAAAUGAAAUACAAUUUUUUGAUGCCGGAGAUUUUUCUAAAGGAAUUGUUGACAGGCUAAGAAUUCCAGGAGUGGCAGGAGUAGAGCUUUCUAAUCUUCCUGGUUCCCAUGUGGCAGCAUUUGUUCCAGAGUCCAAGGGGAGUCCAGCUAGUGUUCAGAUAUAUGCUUGUGGGAAAGAGCUGCAGAGCCAACCUCUUGCUCGACGUAGUUUUUUCCGAUGUUCUACUGUGCAACUAAACUGGAAUCAUGGGUCCACUGGACUUUUAGUUGUGGUGCAAUCAGAUGUUGAUAAAACUAACCAGAGUUAUUAUGGAGAAUCAAAGCUCAACUACCUUACAACAGAUGGGGCUUUUGAAGGAGUUGUACCUCUUCGUAAAGAAGGGCCUAUUCAUGAUGUUCAAUGGUCAUACUCUGGGAAAGAGUUUGCUGUUGUUUAUGGAUUUAUGCCUGCCAGUGUGACAGUGUUUGACAAGAAGUGCAAACCUUUGCUUGAGCUUGGAACUGGCCCCUACAAUACCAUUCGAUGGAAUCCAAAGGGGAAAUUUCUCUGUGUGGCUGGUUUUGGUAACUUGCCAGGUGAUAUGGCAUUUUGGGACUUUGUAGAGAAAAAGCAACUUGGAACAACUAGGGCUGAGUGUUCUGUAACAAGUGAGUGGUCUUCUGAUGGAUGCUAUUUCAUGACUGCCACAACAGCUCCAAGACUGCAGGUUGAUAAUGGGAUUAAAUUCUUCCACUGCAAUGGGACGUUAUUCUUUAAGAAGAUGUUUGACAAGUUGUUCCAGGCUGAAUGGAAACCAGAGUCCCCAGAUAAGUUUGGUGAAAUAACAGAGCUUAUUAAGUCUGUUGAUUCAUUGAAGAUUGAAGAAACCAAACCACAAGGACAAAGUUCAACCUCCAAAAAAUCAGCCACUGCUAAUCCUCCUGCACAGAAACCAGCUGCCUAUCGUCCACCACAUGCUAAACAAGCUGCUGCUGUACAAGCAGAGGUAAACUCUAACAACUAUUUGUUUGGAGGGAGUGCUUCAGGGGAAAUGAGCAAGAAUGCACUGCGAAACAAGAAGAAGCGGGAGAAGCAAAGAGAGAAGAAGGCUGCUGAGGCUGCUGGUGCCGGUGCUGCUACAUGACUGAAUUUCAUCCUUUGUCAAUCAAGCCAUUUACGCCUGUACUCCUGAUGCCUCACCCCAGGCAACCUCAUCUGUCCUUCUUGGUCUUAAUGUGUAGAGAGAAGGGGAUGGAACAAGAAUUUUGAGCUUAUUAGGGUAUUGCAAAGUUUUAAACAUCCAUACCCCUUUUUGCGUGUAAGAGCUGGCAAUUUUUUUCCUAUCGUUAGCCUUGAGGCAUCCUGUGAGAUAAAUCCUGAAUGCAACUUAUUCUUAAAAACAUGAACACAAGAUUUGAAAACAGUUUCACCAAAUUAUUCUUAGAAUUCUGUUGUGCACCUC